UAAUGUUAUGAUUCGCAAGUCUUCUACAACCAAAACAGGUUUGUGCUGCGGAUGGGCAGUGGAGGGAUUUGGAAAUCACGUGGAAGCGAUGCGCAUGACAUUGCGCUGGAGGAAAAUGAAACAGAUUCUCCAGAAGUUGUUGUAACCCGAUCUGUCACUGACAAUGAAAAAAUGUUCUUGAGGCAAAUGUGAAAGUAUUGAGGUUCUGGUUGACAUAAUUUCAUGAUACAUUCCAUUGUUUAUUCGUCAUGGCACCAGUCGCGUAUUUAACUCGGCGGGAAACUAUUUCCGCGAGUCACAGACUCCACAGCCCUCAUCUGACGGAUGAAGACAACAAGAAAAUCUACGGAAAGUGCAAUAAUUAUUGGGGACAUGGGCACAAUUAUACUGUUGAGGUGACAGUUAGAGGCCCAGUGGACUCGAAAACCGGAAUGGUCAUGAACAUUGCUGACCUCAAGGUCUAUAUACAGAAGGUUUUGAUGGACCAGUUGGACCACAAAAACCUCGAUAGAGAUGUUCCGUAUUUCGCAAACGUAAUUUCAACAACCGAAAAUGUUGCUGUUUACGUCUUCGACCAGUUAAGGACGAUUAUGCCAAAUCCUUCGUUGCUUUACGAAGUUAAAAUUUAUGAAACUGAUAAGAACAUUAUUGUUUACCGGGGCGAAAAAUAAUUUACCCAGUUCAGUAAAAUUAUCAGUUUCUACUGUAAUUAGUUAAUUACACUGAUUUAACUAUCUUCUCAAUUUUGUUAUGCAAAUCAGAUUAUUAUUGAGUGUCCAGCUUUGGCCGGUUUGCAAGUAAUAAAUUCGUCUGUUCUGUCCA